GAACCUGAUGGGUAAUGCCAUCUAUAGUUUAGGAAUAUCAACUUGUCUUUUAUAGAUGGCUAUACCACUGAAUUAGUGGAGAUCUAAAGUGUUAACUUUUUGUAAGAGUCAUCUAUAAUUACUUAAAAACAUAUAAUAAUAAAUUUGCAAUCUUUAAGGGCCUUAGUCGUUUAGUAUCUGAACUAUCUGUAGCUGUGCUUAGGCAUCCCACUUGAAAUCUUUAUUGAAGGCUAUUAGUUGUAAAGCUCUAUCCUAACAGAAUGGAAAUCUGAGGGUUAAUUUUCUCUGCUUCUUAAGCAGGGUAUUUGAACUGAAUAUUUUAAACCCAACUUGAAUAACUUUAAUUCAGUACUGUAGUACCUUCAGUAUAGAUAUAUGGAGACAGCUGAUACACCUCAAAACUGAAGGAUUAAUCCACCAUGAUAUGAAAUGAGAGGAAUUGAAUGCUGGAGAUCUGCCUUUUGGAGAAUGAAGGAAGGAAUGAAGGAAGACAAGCCAUCUGAGUCAUGCGCUCAGUAGGCAUGUCUCCAGAAUCUAAACCUGUAUGACUUCUGGUUUCAGUCUCCAGCUCGUAUUUGAGUAAAUCCUGCCUCUGCUUUUCACAUUUUAUUUUAGCGGACUAGUGCCUAGCGCACAUGAUUUCACGCUUGAUGUGAUGAAUUGCACCUGUCCAAAUGGUGAAUCAAGAACAACUGAAACAAGAUUUGGCCCAGUGCCUUAGAAAAGAAGCUGAGGAACAGGAAUGACCAAAGUUUGUUCCCUCAAGGAGACAAGUGAGUGAGCCACAAACCAACUGCAAGCCCAUCUGUGUAAUCUCCAGGGAGAAAUGUACAAACAGCUGGGAGAGAAAGAAGGAGCUGCAUUGUGCAGCGGGAGUUCUUUGGAGCAGAAUUUUGGGGUGCUGGAGUGGAAAUCAAUAGCAACAUGAAUCUUUUCUGUUUCUCUCUGGAGGGUUCAAUGGACAGCUUGUAUGAGCCUGUCCCUGAACAUCAAGAACCCAAGGAUACAACCAGUACUUGCAGCCAGCCCAGCACACCGGUGAGCACACGUGCAAACUGUGGACUGUCUGAUAGGUCUAUGUCUUUGGAGUUUCCUGACUUUGAGAACACAGUGACCAAAAAAAGAAAAUCCAUCCAGAAGUCUCUGUCUGAAAAUGAAGCAUUUGACAGGAAAAAUGUGAAUGGCACACUUUGGCAGGGUUCCAGGAAGCUGGAGAAUGAUUCGUACAUCAGAAGGCCCUGUCAGCUUGAAGAAGAUAAUAUUGUUGGUGAUGGGAUACAUUUGCUGCAAGGAAAGAAGAUAGAAGAAACAACAUGCCAGGUGAUAAAUUAUGAGCAAUGGAUUCCACCACGAGUUUACAAUCCAAGAGUCGCAAGUAAUGGUGAAAUGGGUACAGAACCAGAUGAUAAAGCAGAGUCCAUGGGAACAUUAAAACGAUUGCAGAAAUUGGUCCGAACCAAAAAAGCCAAUACACAAAGCUUGGAAGAUGUCAAACAUGUUUUGAUCCCCCUUAAUACGUUAGAAGAUACUUAUCUUUCAGAAGAGGAUGAAGAGGCACUAACUUCUUGCAUGAAACUGGCAAAACCUCAGGAAAAGAAAGCCUGGAAAGACAAUGUGAGGAGAAAAGAAGAAACUGAGACUAGGGCAGAGUUUAUUUCUGCAUCUUUGGGCCGAUCGUGUACUUCCAAAUUUAGUAACUUAGGAACGAUUUCAAUCCAUUCAGAAACUGAAUUUCAUUUGUGGAGUGACUGGAAGCCAUUUCCUGAUAACCAGCUCUGUCCUUGUGAUUUCUUGAUUUCAAACAUAGAAGAAUGGGAAAACUGUGCUUGCACUUCUCAUCAGCCACAUCUAACAAAUUCCCUAACUGAUAUGGAUCUGCAGUACUCCUGGCGCACAAGUAGUUUUGGAAACUUUGACCGUUUCAGACAUCACUCAGUAUCAAAGACAGAUGAUUCAGCUGAGGUGUCUGAGUUGGAGACUGUAAGUGACAUUGGAGAUGCAGUGCAAAGCAAAGCAGCGUAUAAUGGAAGAAGCUUGGGUAAGAAGAUGAGAGCCAUUUCCCUUACCAUGAAGAAAAAGAUGGGUAAAAAGUACAUCAAGGCACUCUCUGAGGAGAUGAAUGAAGAAGGAAAAGACGACAGUGAUCCUGGUGGUGGAAUACACACUGAGAAGGUCUCCCUAAAAGCUAGUGACUCUAUGGAAAGUCUCUAUAGUCUAAAUAGCGGCCAGAGCUCAUCUAGUGGUGUGACCAGCUGCUCUGAUGGAACAAGCAACAGGGAUAGCCUCCGGUUUGACGAUGAAGUCCCUUACAGUGGGCCAUUCUGCGGCCGAGCCAAAGUGCACACCGACUUCACACCAAGUCCCUAUGACACGGACUCUCUGAAAAUUAAGAAAGGAGACAUUAUAGAUAUCAUCUGUAAAACCCCCAUGGGCAUAUGGACAGGCAUGCUGAACAACAAAGUAGGAAACUUCAAGUUCAUUUAUGUGGAUAUUAUUUUGGAAGAGGAAGCUGCACCCAGAAAGAUAAAACCGCACAGAGGAAGCAAAAGGAACAAGCCUAAAACUCUGCAAGAACUCUUGGAACGUGUCCAUCUUCAGGAAUACACCUCAACCCUCUUGCUAAAUGGCUAUGAAACUCUAGAGGAUUUAAAAGAUCUACACGAGAGCCACCUGAUUGAAUUGAAUAUUUCAAACCCAGAGGACAGGGCAAGAUUGCUAUCAGCAAUUGAAAAUCUACAGGACAAUGACAAUGAACAAGAGCAGAUAAGUGAGGGUGGUCAGGAGACACGGAGCUUAAGCCCUCAGCACAGUUUUGACAAAUCACAGUUAAAUGACUGCCCCAGAGAUUCCGGCUGUUACAUCUCAUCAGAAAAUUCAGAUAAUGGUAAAGAAGAAGUAGACCCAGAAACCCUGUCUGACAUGGUGCAGUCAAUAACAAUCACUGAGUCAAACUGAUUCUGUUAAGCUGUUUCUGCAGAUGCUCAGAAAAGACAAUCAGAUAAGUGAAGCUGAUUUGCUGGUACAGAAGCAGAACACAAAAUAUUCUCAACACUGGAAAUCUACUUCUGUCUCAUAAAUAAUGCUCUAGACUGCUUAAUAUGUGGACAUUUGAGAACAAAAUCUUAGCUGGUAAUAACUAUCUCAUGCUUUUCAAUGAAUCCACAGACAUUUCACUCAAAAAGUUUAUGCAUAUAUAUAUUUAUAUAUAUUUGUACAGCAAAUGCAUUUUGUAUAAUGAUAGGGAAUUGUUUUGGGUAGUGAUACAUUGUCUAAAUAUUAAGUUGUGGAACUCUCCAAAAUGUAAAUAUUGUAUAUAUUUAUUUUUAAAAGAUUGAUUAUUCGCACUGUCUCUUUUUUCAGAUGGGUUUUGCUGAGAUUUGUACAGAAAAUAUUUGCAUCGAUGCAUCAUCAUAAUAAAAAAGAUACAUUGACAUCCUACUUUGAAAAGUACUAACCUAAUUCCUGUUAAUAUUAAAGCUAUUUAAUGCUAUUCUUCUCCAAAAUGGUCUCUAAAGAGGCUGUCUUACAUUUUAUCCUGGAUGUACAAAAGAACUGUUGUGUCAGUCUGAAUCAAGCUCUUUGUGUUCAUCAUCUCCUAGAGAGUGUAGUCAUCUGAAUUCCUUAUGCACUGGCAAUUUGUAUAUUGUAAUUUUCACAGCUGUUCUCUUUCUUUCCAAGCAUUUUGAAGACAAUGCAAGCUUGGAACAACAACAACAAAACAAACAAACAAAAAAACCAACCGUUUCAAUGCUAUGUUUUUAUUAUUAUUUUUUUGUGAAGCUCUUGCCUUUUGUGCGUGGUGUCAAGUUUGUUAAUGGAGUAUUUUUGUUUGUGCACAGAACCCAGAAGGUAAUAUGGUUAUCAUGCACUAUUGUCUUUUAUAUGAGAUUUAAUUGUCAUCUCCCACGAUAUUUUGCACUGGAAUACACAUUACAUCUGCCUGUCUUCUUCCUUCAAAAAUAAACAAAAUCAUAUGUUUGAGACCUUUAAAAACUA